AUCCAAUCUCAUCCGAUCCAAACCACAUCCAAUCCAAUCCAACACCGUCGUGAUCGUUCUAGUAGAAUCGAUCGCAGCAAAUCGGAGAACACCUAGCUACGCAAUGGCCCCCAGCGCCUCGAUGCUGUUCCCGAUCUACCACCACGGCCCCGCGGCGGUGGAGGCGCCGCGCGAGGGUGGUUUUAGGUUCGGCUUCCGCAAUGUCCUGUUCCCUACCGGUUUCCUGGCGAUGAUGACGCGACGGGAUAAGGCGCCGGCGGCGGUGCCGGAGGUGGCGGCCGCCGAGGUGGUGAAACAGAGAGGGCUUCACGCCGGCGGCGAUCGGGACGCGGAGGAGAAGGCCGCGGCGCUCGGAAGCAAGUUCGAGGAGGCGGUGCGGCUCAGCUGCUGGGCGUCUUGAAGCCUUCCGCGUACGCGGCCUAGUUCUAUGUUGCUUGCCAUGUAAAUAAA